AUGGCCAUUUUGGAUGCUCUGUUGGGAAUGGUGAAUGUGGCAUUCUUCUAUGGGAUUUUGAUAUGGAUUUUGGUUGAUAGUUUGAGACAAAGCAAGCGUAACGAUGUUGUAUAUUUGAAGCCAACGUUUUUCGCCACAAUCACUGUUCUCUCUAAUGCUGUUAUUUCCGUUUUGAACAUGGCUCUUGCUUUUUAUGAAUACACCACUCGGAGAGUCAUAGGAUGUAACUCUGUUUCCUCGGCUCUAACUUGGGUUUUGGCAACUAUAGUUUCAUUUUAUUCAAUGAAGAGAACACUCAGAGAGAAUAAAAGGUUUCCCCUUGUUCUAAUUCUAUGGUGGGUCUUCUCCAGUAUCAUAGACAUACUUAGUGUGUCUCUAGAAGUAGUAAAAAAUCUCGAAUCCUUGAACUUGUGGUUUUUUUUGUCAGAGGAUAACAUAGUUGAUAUGGUUUCCUUGCCUUUGUUGUUGUUAAUUCUCUGUUUCAAUGCAUUGCCAAAUGUAUGUGCAAGGGAACAAAGUGAUAUGGAGCAAAGGUUGUUUCAUAAAGAGUUGGAAUCUUCAUGGGAAGAAGAUGAAGAGGUCUUCACAAACGCAAGCAUGUGGAACAAACUCACAUUCCGAUGGCUGAACCCCAUUUUUAGUAGGGCUCGAAUUCAGAAACUUGAACUUGCUCAUAUUCCUUCUGUUCCUCAUUCUGAAACGGCAGAACAUGCUUCUUCCAUGUUGGAAGAAUCGCUUCGCAAACAGAAACUUGAAGGGGGUUCCUUGACAAAAGCUAUUACCCAUUCUAUAUGGAAAUCCUUGGCCAUAAAUGCAGUUUUAGCAGGUGUUAACACAAUUGCUUCAUAUAUAGGUCCAUUGUUGAUCACAAACUUUGUGAAUUUUUUAUUGGGGAAUAAUGAUAAUUCAAGCAUCCAUUAUGGACUGAUUCUUGCAUUUAUUUUCUUCCUCUCAAAGACGGUGGAGUCACUGAGUCAAAGACAAUGGUACUUUGGUGCUCAACGAAUUGGAAUUCAGGUGCGUGCAGCUCUUAUGGCUCUAAUAUAUAGCAAGUCCUUAUUGAUUAAGUGUGCUGGACCAACACACGGUAAUACAAUAAAUUUGAUCAAUGUGGAUGUUGAAAGAAUUGGAGACUUCUGUUGGUACAUUCAUGGAAUUUGGUUGCUUCCAGUUCAGGUCAUUUUGGCCUUGGUAAUCUUAUACAUAAAUCUGGGGUUUACCCCUUCCAUUGCUGCACUUGCUGUCACCAUUUUGGUCAUGGUGUGCAACACACCUUUGGCCAAUAUGCAAGAAAGUUUGCAUUCCAAGAUCAUGGAAGCUAAAGAUUCUAGAAUCAAAGUGACUUCAGAGACCAUGAAGAACAUCAGAAUUUUAAAAUUGCAUUCAUGGGAAUCAACAUUCUUGCAGAAACUCCUCCAAUUCAGGGACACAGAGAGGAGUUGGCUGCAGAGAUACCUCUACACAUGCUCAGCAGUAGCCACUCUAUUUUGGGUAUCUCCAACUUUAGUUUCUGUAGUAACUUUUGGUGCUUGUAUAUUGGUGAAAACUGAACUAACAGCAGCUACAGUCCUCUCAGCUUUAGCAACUUUUAGAAUUUUACAAGAACCAAUCUACAACUUACCUGAGCUUAUUUCCAUGAUAGCUCAAACAAAAGUAUCUGUUGAUCGAGUCCAGGAGUUUAUUGAGGAAGAGGAUCAAAACCAAUUCAUGAAUAAGCAUGCUUUAAAAAACUCAGCAAUUGCUAUUGAAAUCAAGCCAGGUGAAUAUUCAUGGGAAACAAAUAAUCAAGCCCACAAGAAACCAACAAUUCGAAUUACAGAAAAGUUAAUGAUAAAAACAGGUCAGAAGGUAGCAGUUUGUGGGUCAGUGGGGUCUGGAAAAUCAAGCUUGCUCUGCUGUAUGCUUGGUGAGAUUCCUUUAGUUUCUGGGGCAGUAAUCAAAGUCAACGGGACAAGAAGUUAUGUGCCCCAAAGUCCAUGGAUUCAGGCUGGAACUAUAAGAGAAAAUAUAUUGUUUGGCAAGCAAAUGAAUAAUGACUUUUAUGAAAAAGUUCUGGAUGUCUGUGCUUUGCAUCAGGAUAUCAUCAUGUGGGGGGAAGGAGAUUUGACUCUGGUGGAGGAGAGGGGCAUAAACUUAAGUGGAGGGCAGAAACAGCGGAUUCAACUGGCAAGGGCUGUUUACAAUGAUUCCGAUAUUUAUUUCCUUGACGAUCCUUUCAGUGCUGUUGAUGCUCAUACUGGAACUCAUUUGUUUAAGAAAUGUCUUAUGAAACUUUUAUACGAUAAAACGGUUGUUUAUGCUACACAUCAACUGGAAUUCUUGGAAGCCGCAGAUGUCAUAUUAGUAAUGAAAGAUGGAAAAAUAGUAGAGUCAGGAAGGUAUAAAGAUCUCAUAGGAUGUCCCAAUUGUGAAUUUGUUCAGCAAAUGGCUGCUCAUGAAGAAACAGUGAACCAAAUAAAUCCAUGCCAAGAAGAUGAUUCUGUUAGCUGCAGACCCUACCAAAAAAAUCAAAUUGAAGUUGCUGAAGAAAAUAUCCAAGAGACCAACAAGGAUUGUAAGAGAACCAAAGAAGAGGAAGCAGAGACUGGUCGAGUGAAAUGGAGUGUCUACUCAACCUUUGUCACUUCAGCUUAUAGAGGAGCACUUGUUCCUGUCAUUCUUCUUUGUCAAAUUCUCUUUCAAGUUAUGCAGAUGGGAAGCAAUUAUUGGAUUUCUUGGGCCACAGAAGAGAGGGGCAAGGUCAACAAAGGGAAGCUUAUGGGAAUAUUUGUUCUUCUGUCUGGUGGCAGCUCCAUCUUCAUACUGGGAAGGACUGUUUUAAUGGCAAAAGUUGCCGUUGAAACUGCUCAGCGUCUUUUUCAUGGAAUGAUCACGUCCGUUUUCAGGGCACCUGUUUCAUUUUUUGACACCACACCUUCAAGCCGAAUUCUGAGUAGGUCAUCUACGGAUCAAAGUACAGUAGACACAGACAUACCAUACAGAUUAGCUGGACUAGUAUUUGCACUUAUCCAAUUAUUGAGUAUCAUCGUGCUAAUGUCCCAGGUUGCCUGGCAAGUCAUUCUCCUCUUUUUUGUGGUGCUUGCUAUCUCUGUCUGGUAUCAGGCUUAUUACAUCUCUACCGCCAGGGAAUUAGCCAGGAUGGUAGGGAUUCGGAAGGCACCAAUCUUGCAUCACUUCUCAGAAUCAAUUGCUGGGGCUUCCACAAUCCGUUGUUUCAAUCAAGAGAAAAUGUUCUUGACCAAAGUUAUGGCUCUAAUUGAUGAUUAUUCUCGGGUAGCCUUUCACAAUUAUGCCACCAUGGAAUGGUUGUCUGUCCGAAUCAAUUUCCUCUUCAAUCUGGUCUUUUAUUUUGUUCUUGUCAUCUUGGUGACUCUGCCAAGGUCUGCCAUCGAUCCAAGCUUGGCUGGUCUGGUAGCUACUUAUGGUUUAAACUUGAAUGUCCUUCAGGCUUGGGUGAUAUGGAAUCUUUGCAAUGUUGAGAACAAAAUGAUAUCAGUUGAGAGAAUAUUACAAUUCUCUAGGAUACCAAGUGAAGCGCCAUUAAUUAUUCAAGAUUGUAGGCCUGAACCAGAGUGGCCUAGGGAGGGAAAAAUUGAACUUCAUAACCUUCAUAUACGGUAUGAUCCUGCUGCUCCAAUGAUUCUCAAGGGUGUCACUUGCAUCUUCCCAGGACAAAAGAAAAUUGGAAUAGUAGGAAGGACAGGGAGUGGAAAAUCUACUCUGUUGCAAGCCCUCUUUCGAGUGGUGGAGCCUUUGGAAGGAUGCAUACUUGUUGAUGGUGUAAAUAUUUCCAAGAUUGGUCUACAAGAUUUAAGAUCUAAGCUUGGUAUAAUUCCUCAAGAUCCAACCUUGUUUCUAGGUACUGUAAGGACGAACUUGGAUCCUCUUGAACAACAUGGAGAUCAAGAACUUUGGGAGGUUCUCAGCAAGUGCCAUCUGGCUGAAAUAGUAAGGCAGGAUCCACGGCUUCUUGAUGCACCAGUGGCGGAGAAUGGAGAAAAUUGGAGUGUUGGACAAAGACAGCUUGUUUGCCUUGCUAGACUGCUACUGAAGAAAAGAAGAAUUUUGGUCCUAGAUGAGGCAACGGCAUCCAUUGACACUGCAACUGAUAAUUUAAUUCAGAAGACUAUAAGGGAAGAAACAAGUGGAUGCACAGUCAUUACAGUAGCACAUAGAAUUCCUACUGUAAUUGAUAAUGAUUUGGUUUUGGUCCUUGAUAAAGGGACAGUCAUGGAGUAUGAUCAACCAGCUCAAUUGCUACAGAACAAUUCUUCUUCGUUCUCAAAGUUGGUGUCAGAAUUUUUGAGGAGAUCAUCACAAAACAACUGCUAAAAAAGAUAAAGACUGAGGACAGACAGAAGUCAUUUAUUUUAAGGAGGAUAUAGUAUAGCAGUAGUGGACCGCCAUACACUUAUUGUACAUAGAGAAAAAGUUAGGCAUGAAAAUAACCAAUUUAACCCAAAAGUUAGG